GGGGGACCGGCUGGGAUGCGGUGGCUGAAGGACGUGCCCCCCCCCCCACCGGGCGCUGACUGAGCGGCGGCCCCGGGGCGAAGGCUGCUGGCCCGAGCGCUCCUCGCUGAGGCCGGCGCCCCCCGCCGCGCCGCGCUGGUGCCACAGCUAUGACCCGAAUGCAGCUUGACACAAAUCCCAGAAGAAAAACUACGUGCACCAUUAACCCUGUGGAACAUUGCAAGUCAAUCCAAUGGCGUCCUCUACUGCCGUGCCUGUAGGAUUUCACUAUGAAACAAAAUAUGUUGUUCUCAGCUACCUGGGGCUCUUGUCACAGGAGAAGCCACAAGAGCAACGUCCUCCCUCAACUUCAGGGCCCCAGCAGUCUGUAAUACCACAAGCUUUGGAGAAAGAGGUUCUAGAGAAGCUUAAGACAGAAAUUGAGGAGGAACUAAAACACCUUGAAGAAGAAAUUUUGGAAGCCUUCACCAGCACAGGGUUUGACUGCCAUACUUCUCCAGUGUUCAGUCCUGCCAAUCCAGAGAGUUCAAUAGAAGAUUGCUUAGCUCAUCUUGGAGAGAAAGUGUCUCGGGAACUGAAAGAACCUCUUCACAAAGCGCUACAGAUACUGCUUAGCAAGCCAGUGACUUAUCAGGAAUACCGAGAAUGUACUCAGGAGACAGAUGCUCAUGCCAGUGGAUGGAGCAAGGUGUUGGUGCCUCUGGUUCUGCUGCAGCAAUUCCUGAUGGAGCUGACAAAACGAGGCCAGGAGCCACUCGGUGCACUUUUGCAGUUUGGAGUGACGUACUUAGAAGACUAUGCUGCAGACUACAUCAUACAGCAAGGAGGAUGGGGUACUGUCUUUAGUCUGGAUUCUGAAGAAGAGGAAUACCACGCAAUCAUUGCAGAGGACAGCAAUGACAUCUACAUCCUAACCAGUGAAAACUCUGGACAGGUGAGCCCCCCAGAGUCUCCCACAGUGACUACAUCUUGGCAGUCAGAGAGCCUUCCUGUCUCUUUGUCAGCUAGCCAGAGCUGGCACACAGAGAGCUUGCCGGUAUCUCUUGGACCUGAGUCCUGGCAGCAGGUGGCUAUGGAUCCUGAAGAGGUAAAGAGCUUAGACAGCAAUGGAGGCGGUGAAGAAAGGAGCGAAAAUAACUCUUCCAACUCGGACAUUGUUCAUGUGGAGAAGGAGGAGAUACCAGAGGGGAUAGAGGAAGCGGCAGUGUCAUCGGUGGCUCUGGAGACUGAGACUGCACAGGAGGGGUUCCUGGAAACUCCUUUGCUGGAGACGAAGUCUGAAGCUGGGAUUGUGGCUGUUGAAAAAGCAAGCCCCUCUGCACCUUUGCUUACAGAACAUGAGGAAGAGGGAGAGGUGGCCGAGGAACCUGUUGAACCAGAAAUCCCCAUGUUGAGUAAACCUGUACAGAAACCAACCCCAACAGAAGAAAAGGCUGCACCAGAACCGGAGAAAAUACAGCUUCCAGAAGGGGAAACGAAAGUGGGAAAGGAAAGCCAUUCGGAAAAAAUGGAAGAGAAAUCCCCAGCUGGAGAGGAGAAACCCAUCCUGUUGCCAGAAGGCAAAUCUAUACUGCUGUAUGGUGGGGCUGCUGCAGUAGCUAUUCUGGCAGUGGCAGUGGGAGUAGCGCUGGCGCUGAGAAAGAAAUAAUGGGGCUCUCUUACUGAGGAGGGGGGAGAAAGUGGGAUCCAAAUUUUUUAGUUGCAUUAACUAAAGGUUCAGCUGCCUGCUGUUCAUUGGACAUUGGUAUAACUUAAAUGGUGAUGGGGUGAGGUUAUUUGAUAAGGCUGUGGACAAUCAUGUUUUUAGUAGAAUUGGAGUGGAGACUUUUUUUUUUUUUCUCCUGAUUAAAGUACAGCGGUAUUUUAAAAAUGUCAGUUCUGCAAAUUUCAGAAUCGAGCGCAGGUGCUGAGGAAAGGGGGUGCUUGUACACUGGAAACUGGAACAGAAAAUUUCAGGGGCGGGAGAGGGCUGGUUGCUGCUAACCCCUGGAAUUUUUAGCUUUCCUAACUUAGCUGCAAUAGCAGCUCCCCUAUUUGUCACUUCCCUUUGUGCCCCUUAGACCCUCUUAAAAACAAACACACACAAUAAACCAGCCACCUUAAUCCUGUAGUGUGAGGCUGGUCUCCCUUUUGUCUCAGCUUCCUCUCAGGUACUGCACUGCUCCUAACCACCUAGGUUCCUUCUAGACCCUAGUGGGAGAGUGCUCAUACUAUACCUCUUUUCUCACACCUAUUUAGCCCCUGAUGCUUCCUGAAGCCCCAUCUUGUAAAGAUGCUGCCUCUAUAUAUCUGCUUUCUCUGAGCGCUCUGCUGUUGGUGGGAGAGAUGCACAGGCCACCACCUCUGUGCUAGACGGGAGUCGGGGGGAGAUACACUACGGUUUGCUCAUCUGAGAAAACCUUUGGCUCCCCCCUGUGCAUCCCACAGAUCAGGCACCAGAGAACAUGUCUCUCAUUUGGGUCACUGUGCCAUUUUCAUAAGAUCUUGAUGCUAGUGCUUAUUCAGUGGAUGAAAUACGACUACCCAGGAUUUAUAAUUAAAUUCAGAACACUGUGAGGCUGACAUCACCUGUGAAAUCAAAGAUUAAAUGGUUGCUUUGUCCUUACCUUGGGCCGCAGUUCUAUAUUUUCUUGCAUGAGUUAAGCACAGAGCAUAUUUAGUCUUGACUCAGCCUUGGUUAUGACAAACUGACAGAAUCCUUGAUAUUCAAAGUAACUGAUGCAAGUAACUAAACCACACAGCGUUAACUAUUUCCUUUGUUGUUUGCCUGUGGCUUCUGGCCCUAGGGUGAAUGAUGUUCUGGGAGCCAGCGUGGUGCAGUUUCGUAAUGCAAGUUUUGUGCACUACGCAAAAGUAAUUGGUAAAUGUUCCUAAAUACUUUGCAGAUUCAAUAAAUGAUAAUAAAGUUACUUUGGAAAAAAAUUCUAGCCCCCUUUGUCACAACCUUUGUUCUUAAAAUUUAUAAGUGAAAUCUUUAAGGUAUUACCAUGUGCAUUAGUUGGCUCAGAUAAACCACACGUGUUCCUAUUUCAUAGAGCAUGUGUGUGUAUAUGAAUGCAUGUGUGUACUGCAGCUUUAUGGACAUGGUCUUUGAUUCCCUAGGUAAACCUGCUGGUUUCCUUUUGGUGUUUAUGCUGGUUCGGGAUAGAUGGAGGUAGGUGAAAAGGAACUUGGGAUUCAGUGAAAAUGAAACCAUAAUGUAUGCUUUUUAAAGCAUAAGACAACCUAUUUUAUUUCUGAUGACCUUACUUGCUGCCUGGGAUGUAAUGGACCUGACUCUUACUAAUAAUUUGGAUGAGAAUAGUGUAUUCCUUUUUGUCUUGAGCUUUUUAUUUCCAAGUGAAAUGAAUUUGUAUCUCUGUUCCUGUUCCUUCCCACCCAAAAUGCUGGCAGUUGACAAAACCCAGUAGUCCAGGAAUUUUGCACUCUAAUCUUGAGCUAGGGAGGGUUUUGUAUAUAGGCUUCUAGAGGUUUGAGCUGAGGGAAUUUUUCUGAGGAACAGAGAGAAUAGUGGCGAAAUGGUCAUUAAAGCUGGUGCCAUUACUGUGGAAGGAACCUGCUUAGCUCAGGAAGUUUGGACUCUGAUCGUAUCCCUGUAUUACGGCGUGUGUAUAAGCUGGGCUACUCUUACUCCAUACAAAUUGUAGCAGGCUGGCCUUAGAAGUCUUCGUUGUAAAACUGAACUAGUUCUGUUCCCGGCCACUUCUAGGUGCUCUGGUUGGGAUCCUCAUUGCUGUGCAGUGAGUGUUCAGAAUCGUUAUGGCAAGUAUUGCCUCAUGCUGUGUAGAUUUUUUUCUGUGAGGGUGCAGUUACAAUAGAGUGACAUUGCUGUUUUCCUUGUCAUAGCUUCCUUCUCUUACCUCCCUUCUUGGGAGCUCUCUGCUGUAGAUAUUUUAUAGGAAGGACCCCACGGUUACUUGUCACAGACAUGAUACAAUUUCCCAUUUAGCUUCCAUUUAACUUACUAAAAUCAGAAGCAUUUAAAAUAAGAGUCCAAUGAGUAGAAACCACCACAGUGGGGAUUUUGUUGUUCAGUGUCUAGUUUCUCCUCUAGAGAAGGUACUGCUCUAUUCUAUUACUUUAUCCACACCAAUGUGAUAGGCCCCUUUAUUAGUCUACAAAGAACUGCUGCUAUUCUUAUGGCUAGGGGCUGCUAUCAUCUCACUAGUGACAGAGAAAUUUUGUCCAUAAUGCGAUAUACUUUUAUGCUUGGCAAAUGAGAGAGAGAGAGAGAGACAGGAGAGCCCUCUGUCCUUAGUUUCACAGUGGGUGCUAAAACUAGCCUCAGCUUUAGGUUAAGAUCUGAGUACGUUUCCCAGUGCAUUCUGGAUAUUUGUAUGCAAAUUGUGAAAUGCGCUCUUCUCACCCCACUGUAAAAGUUCCCUGUACUAGAUACUCACACUGGGAGUGGAGAAGAAUCGUUUUUUACAGGCCAGGGAAGAAGAAAUCAUUUUCUACUACGUUGCGAUCAAUAGGAAUACAAGAUUCAAUCAUGUUUUGUUAAAUUGAAACACGCGUUUUCUUCCAUCACAGUAACGCACACUUUUCCUACUGUGUACAAUUGUUCACCGGCACUCUAGUCCCACACUGACAACCGUGGGAAAGGGAGAGGAGAAGGCAAUGGCAGCAGCAAAUAAAUUCUUGGCUUAGGAUUUUGUUAAAUAUUCCCCCCAUCCCCAUCAAGAAAAUGCUCAGGGCCUUGACUGACUUCUGCUUCAGUGGAGAAGCAGCCACAAUCCUGCUUUUUUUGGAUUCUUUAUUCCCCGAUGAGGAUUCUCCUCAUCAGUUCUUACUAAGUUACAGUUGGGAAAAUAUUCUCCUCCCACACUAGACUAUAAAUUUGCUCAUCUCCAUGAGUUUCCACUGAGAAUACUGACUUGCACCUUUUGUGUCUGAACCAGUUGUAGCCAGCCCUAGCUCUGGCCAUUUGGUGGAAGUGAUCCAGUGAGGGGCAGAUAAACAAAGUACAGUGUUGUUGUCAUUGGUUUGGCGGCCAUGCUUUGUUCUACGGUUGAUUGUGGAUUAGGAAACAGGUAGACUUGCUCCCCCUCCUUAAAGUAUGUGGAGGCAAUCCUGAAGGUGGUGCUGAUCUGAAGCGUGCUGGCCAUCUCUCCGUGAUAGGACGCUUACAGUUGGUAGAGGGGGAGACACUACCUUCAUCAUUCAUUGUAAUGUGACUUUUGUACUGUCACUCACAUUAGUAUUACUUCCCCUCCUUUCCAAAACUAAGUGCCUCAGUGGGUUUUACCUUAAUGAAUUUUCUACCUUGAACCCUUUCUUGCAUCUCUCUACAUUCAUCUGCUGUGCAUCCUCAAGCUGUCAUGAAAUUAACUACCAAGCAUUUUGUAUUUUUUUAGCUGUAGACCGCUUUACAGAAGUAUCAGGCUGUCCCCCAUUUUACAGAGGGAGAAACUAAGUCUAGCGGAAAGGAUGGGGCCUUGGUUCCCCCUAAGUCAGACUCAGAGGUAGGAAUAGAACAUGUAACACUCCUGUUUAUCUGUCCACUGGACUGUGUUGCCUACUACAGCAGCAGUUAUUAUCAGAUAAUUGCUCAGGCUGCCUUUAGUAAGCACAACCCCUCCCACAUGGCCAGAAACUACUUUUGGAAGCUAGCUUUGUGUUUGGUAUUUUUUUAAAAAACCACCCUCCUGAGACAACUGUGCUGCCAAAAACAAGUGUAGACAUGGCUUUCAGAACUCUUUAUUCUCUCCCUCUGACAUAUAUGCAGAUGAAUUAUUCCUUUGUCUGAUUUUAUGUACAUCCCCAUAAUCCAGUAGGUUACAGGGGAGAAAUUUUGGUAUUCUCCAGUGGACUGUGGUGAUGUGUGAAACAGAGAAUAAAACUGCAUUUCUCUCCCCUUCAGGAAACUGGGAGAGCAGCUGAAGCUGUGUAUGGUUUUAAAUGGGAUAAUUUUAGUACUGAGACGCAACAGUGGCAUUACUUUGAGCCUGGCUGUAGUUAUGCUUGUGAGCUCAGCGAAGGCAGUUCCAAAUAAGAGUGAGGUGCAUUUUAAACUAUGACCAGUUUGCUGUAUGGCAGCUAUUGAAACUAUCAUGGAGUAGGGAGCAUUUAAGUUAUAUGCAGUUGUUCCUGGGUUGGGAUAAUCACAUUUGCUGAGGUUAAACUAGAGCUGUUAUUAAAACUACACUCAGCUUGGAACAUGUCAGUAGAGCUACCACCUCUGUCUACAGCAACUGAACACUUGAUAUAGUCCAUGUUCAUUGCUUUGCUUUUUAAAGGAUUUUUUUCUCCUAUUUACAUUGACCCCCCUUAAGUCCCCUAGGCAGAGUGCAGCAAAUACCCAUUUGUUCCCUUGCAGCUAGUGGCCUGAGGGAGCUUUGAUGCCUAGUUAAAAUUUGCAUCAAAAGCAGCUUCUGAUUUCCUUGCUUUAGCUGCUGGGAAAGUGAAUGGUCAGACACACCAUUGCCUUGGGCAGAGCAGGUGCAAUCAUUGCUGGGCAGCUGGAGAUCGCUCCCAUACUCUUAGUUUCUGACUAAACAGUAGCAAGCCCUCUUCUUAUGCGAACAAUAAAGACCCACUCAGCCUAAAAGACAGGCCCUUGGUUUGUUAUACAAGCAGCAAAAUGUAAUGGUGUACUUACAAUUUUCCUCUAUGCUUCCAGUCCAGUAGGUUCCCAGAAAUGCAGUUAGCUGCCUUCACAUCUUCCAGCAACUCACUUUUUUUUUUUAAUGUUUCUUUUAACAGGCAAGUGCAGCACCUGGGGGUGGGUGGGUAAUAAACUAUCUGAAGCCUCUUGUGCCAUUUGGUUAAUUAAAAUAUUUCCACAGUGUUAUAGACCUUUGGCCCUGGAGAGAACUUUAAGUAAGUGAAAGGUUAUGUACAUUUUUUCCUUCCCCAAAUGGAACACUGCUGUAAGACCAUGGCCCCAGCUUGCACUUUAAUAAAUGGUACAGUUUUCAAAA